GCGCCCAAGAACCCUCCAAUUAGGGUUUUAGCGAAUCCCCCAUUCCAAUCUCACCGUUAUACUAGUAGUAGACAGCACUGCGAUAACUCAGCCCUCUCGCGCAGAUAGAGAGAGAGAGAGAGAGAGAGAGCGCUCUUCAAUGGCAUGAACCCUUCCCAUAACACUCACCUCAACCCCCAACUCGGCACACGCAUGGCGUUCUCCACCGGCCUCCGCUUACUCCGUUACUACCAGCUCUCCCUUCCCUUCGCUCCGACCCGUUUACAAACCCUCAGACCCGGCGCGUCGGACCUCCGUUUCCUCUCGUUCUCUCGGUCCAGGUCGGUUCGCCCGGUGAAGUCCAGGCGCAGAGAAGUGACGGCGCCAGCAGCAGCAGCAGCGGCAGACGGAGGGAACGGGAGCGUCGUAGUGAAGGACGGUAGCGGCGGGAAUGACGGAGGGAGGGUGGUCCCCACGGAGCUUCACAAGGAGGCUACCGAAGCUUACAUGGCGUACGCAAUGUCGGUGUUGCUUGGCCGAGCUUUGCCGGACGUUCGCGACGGGUUGAAGCCUGUUCACAGGCGGAUAUUGUUUGCAAUGCAUGAAUUGGGCCUGUCAUCACGAAAACCCUACAAGAAGUGUGCAAGAGUUGUUGGAGAGGUUCUUGGUAAGUUUCAUCCUCACGGGGACACUGCUGUAUAUGAUUCCCUGGUUCGGAUGGCGCAGGAUUUCUCUUUACGCAGCCCACUCAUUCGAGGGCAUGGAAAUUUUGGUUCGAUUGAUGCAGAUCCUCCUGCUGCUAUGCGUUACACAGAGUGCAGACUGGAAGCACUUACUGAAGCAAUGCUGUUGGCUGAUUUGGACCAAGAUACAGUAGAUUUUGUCCCAAAUUUUGACAAUUCUCAAAAGGAACCAUCGCUCUUACCCGCUCGAAUCCCAAAUUUGUUGUUGAAUGGUUCGUCUGGCAUUGCGGUUGGAAUGGCGACCAACAUUCCUCCUCAUAAUCUUGGGGAAUUGGUGGAUGCACUCUCUGUCUUGAUUCAUAACCCAGAAGCCACGCUGCAAGAAUUGCUGGAAUACAUGCCAGGACCUGAUUUUCCAACUGGUGGUCUAAUAAUGGGUACCGCUGGCAUCUUAGAAGCUUAUCGAACUGGGCGAGGACGGGUUGUUGUCAGAGGAAAGACUGAUAUUGAAUUGCUUGAUUCUAAAACGAAGCGAUCUGCUAUUAUUAUAAAAGAAAUUCCAUACCAGACUAACAAAGCCUCCCUCGUUGAGAAAAUUGCGGAGCUUGUGGAAAAUAAGAGUUUAGAAGGCAUUAGUGACAUUCGUGAUGAGAGUGAUAGAUCCGGAAUGCGUAUUGUCAUUGAGCUUAAGCGAGGAUCUGAUCCAUCCAUAGUCCUUAAUAAUCUGUAUCGUCUUACUGCUCUUCAAUCUGGCUUUAGCUGCAACAUGGUGGGCAUACUUAAUGGAAAACCUCAUCUGAUGGGCUUGAAAGAAUUGCUCCAGGCAUUCUUGGAUUUCAGAUGCGGUGUGGUGGAAAGACGUGCAAAGUUUAAGCUUUCACAAGCUCUGGAUAGGAGUCAUAUUAUUGAGGGUAUCAUAGUGGGGCUGGAUAAUUUGGAUGGAGUAAUUGAUGUGAUCAGGAAAGCUUCAAGCAACGCAUCGGCAUCAGCUUCUUUGAGGAAAGAGUUCAACUUGUCUGAAAAACAAGCUGAAGCUAUAUUAGACAUAAACCUCAGAAGGCUUACACUGCUCGAGAGAAAUAAGUUUGUUGCUGAAAGUAAAUCUUUAAUGGAACAAAUAUCCAAGUUACAGGAUCUUUUGUCAAGUAAAAAGCAUAUACUCCAGUUGAUAGAACACGAAGCAAUUGAAGUAAAGAACAAGUUUCCUACUCCUAGGCGUUCGUUCUUGGAGGACACUGAUAGUGGUCAACUUGAAGAAAUUGAUGUCAUACCCAACGAAGAAAUGCUACUGGCAAUUAGUGAGAAGGGAUAUGCCAAGCGAAUGAAGCCUAACACAUUCAAUCUUCAACAUCGUGGAACUAUUGGUAAAUCGGUUGGCAAAUUGAGAGUGAAUGACACGAUGUCCGAUUUUCUUGUUUGUCAUGCCCAUGACCAUGUCCUAUAUUUCAGUGAUAAGGGAAUUGUGUACUCAGCUCGGGCAUAUAAGAUUCCAGAAUGUAGUAGGGCUGCUGCUGGCACACCACUAGUCCAGAUCUUGUCCUUAUCGGAGGGUGAGAGAAUAACUUCUGUUAUUCCUGUGAGCGAGUUUUCUGAAGAUCAGUAUCUUCUAAUGCUUACUGCAAAGGGGUACAUCAAGAAAGUGUCUUUGAACUUUUUCCCAUCAAUCAGGUCAACAGGGAUUAUAGCGAUCCAAUUGGUUCCUGGUGAUGAACUGAAAUGGGUCCGUCUUUGCUCGAAUGAUGACCUCGUAGCCAUGGCUUCACAGAAUGGGAUGGUGAUUCUGAGUUUUUGUGACAUUAUUCGAGCUCUUGGAAGAAAUACCAGAGGUUCAAUUGCAAUGAGGUUAAAAGAAGGGGAUAAAAUGGCGUGCGUGGACAUAAUACCAGCAAUCAUGUGGAAGUUGGAGAGCGGUUCAGAAGUUGGUCAGGGCCGGGGCAAGCGCAUGAAAGGUCCAUGGUUGUUGUUUGUGUCGGAGAGUGGUUUCGGAAAGCGAGUUCCUCUCAGUAGCUUUCGCAUGUCACCUUUGAAUCGGGUUGGUUUAAUAGGUUACAAGUUUUCAUCUGAAGAUCGCUUGGCAGCAGUAUUUGCAGUUGGGUUUACGUUGGCUGAUGAUGGUGAGAGUGACGAAGAAGUGGUACUCGUGAGCCAGAGCGGCACAGUGAACCGAAUAAAAGUUCGGGAUGUUUCUAUACAGUCACGUUAUGCAAGGGGAGUUAUUUUGAUGAGGCUGGAGCACACUGGAAAGAUACAAUCUGCUUCUUUGAUAUCAGCCACUGAAAGUGAGGCAGAGGAAGAUGACGCUGUCCCUGCGGUUUCAGAUGCAGCUGUUGUAUAGUGACAACAACUUAGUACUUAUGUAUUUAUAUUCCCCUUUUAACCUUGAUACUAGGAUUUUAUAUUGUAGUGUGGGACGUUCACCGAAAGAGAGAUAGUAGUAUCGGAAAAGAAAUUUUCGGGAGGCGGGAAAGUGGUGAAAGCCGAGUCAACUAACCCCAAUGUAGACAUCAGUGGGUAAUUUUUGUGUAUUCAAUUUGAAGAUGAGGCUUUUAUUUAACCCGACCAGCCUAGUGAAAGACGGCAUAGUCGAAACUUUUUUUUUUUACUGCAUGAACGCUAAGUGUGGAAGAAUAGAUCCCUCUUUUCAGGUUGGUUAUAGUUCUCUCUUUUAGAACAUCGA